AAGAUGUAGCAGUAGAAGAAGAAGCGCUUCCUGCUGGAAUCAAAACAAGCUGGAAAAAAUGUCGGCGACAGACGAAAUUGAACGUCUCGAAUAUUUAUCUCUGGUGUCGAAGGUGUGCACGGAGCUGGAGAAUCACCUGGACAUCAGCGAGAAGGAUUUAGCUGAGUUUGUCAUCGACCUCGCCGAGAAGCACCCGACGUUCGAGGAAUUCAAAGCUGUUCUGACACAAAAUGGAGCCGAUUUCACAGACACACUCGUCGGUAAUUUACUUCGACUCAUUCAGACCAUGCGGCCCCCGCCGUCUACAAGUAAAGCACAUCAGCCAAAGAGUGAGAAGGACCAGCUGAAAGAGAAAUAUCCUGCUCUAUGUCAACCAGACGAUCCGGCCUGGAUCUUUACCCCCCGUCACAUAGAUAAAGACGAUGAGCAGGUUGCCGCGGCAGCCAUGAAGGAGCUGGAGAUGCUGAUGCCAAAUGUUUGUGGGACAAGCUCUGACAGCAGAGGUCGAGACGCAGGUGGUGAAGGCGGAUGUAAGCGGAGUCGGUCUCGCUCCACGUCGAGAGAUCGUGCCGCAGAGACGAACCCGAAGCGGAAAAGGAAGCGGCCUUCUCGCUGGAGUGACCGUCCACCGAGUCCGGACAGAGACAAAGACGAUAACAACAACAGGCAGCAGCAGCAGGAGGAGAAGAAGAAGGAGGAGGAGAAGAAGAAGGAGGAGGAGGAGGAGAAGAAGAAGAAGGAGGAGGAAGAGGCGGCGGCGGCUUGCAUGCGGGACAGACUCGUGGACAGGCCCCUGUCGGACGAGCCUGUCGUGGGCGACAUCUACAACGGGAAAAUCAGCAGCCUCUUGCAGUUUGGUUGUUUUGUGCAGCUGGAGGGCCUCAGAAAACGCUGGGAGGGUCUGGUGCACAUCUCCGAGUUGCGCAAAGAAGGACGAAUAGCAAAUGUGGCCGACGUGGUCACCAGAGGUCAAAAGGUGAAGGUCAAAGUGCUUUCGUUCACGGGAAGCAAAACCAGCCUCAGCAUGAAGGAUGUGGACCAGGAGACCGGGGAGGACCUGAACCCAAACCGGAGAAGAAACCUGGACAGUGGAGUUAGAGACGAAGCCAUGAGGAACCCCGACCGUCCCGCUGAGGCCCCUCUGCUCGACUUAGAGGAAAACCCAACGGAACACAAACGGCUCACCAAGAUAACCGACCUUGAGAAGUGGGAAAUUAAACAGAUGAUUGCCGCCAACGUACUUCCUAAAGAAGAGUUCCCGGAAUUUGACGAGGAGACGGGAAUCCUUCCCAAAAUGGAUGAUGAUGAAGAUCAUGAUGUGGAGAUCGAUCUGGUUGAAGAGGAGCCGCCGUUCCUCAGGGGACAGACGAAAUGGAGCACGAACCUGAGCCCGGUCAAAAUAGUCAAGAACCCAGACGGCUCCCUCUCCCAGGCGGCCAUGAUGCAGAGCGCCCUGUCGAAGGAGCGGCGGGAGUUGAAGCAGGCGGCGCGCACAGCAGAGAUGGACUCGAUCCCCACCGGUCUCCACAAGAACUGGAUCGACCCGAUGCCCGAUUAUGAAGGAAGGCAGAUCGCUGCCAACAUGAGGGGCAUCGGCGCCAUGCCCAUCGAUCUCCCAGAGUGGAAGAGAUAUGCCUUCGGAGGGAACCAGGUGUCUUAUGGCAAGAAGACGGAGCUUUCCAUCCUGCAGCAGAGGGAGAGUCUGCCUAUAUUCAAGCUGAAGGAGGAGCUGGUUCAGGCUGUCCACGAUAACCAGAUCUUGAUCGUCGUUGGAGAGACGGGGUCCGGUAAGACCACGCAGAUCACUCAGUACCUGGCGGAGGCCGGCUACACGUCCCGUGGGAAGAUUGGCUGCACGCAGCCCCGUCGUGUGGCCGCCAUGUCGGUGGCCAAGAGAGUCUCCGAGGAGUACGGCUGCCGUCUCGGCCAAGAGGUGGGUUACACCAUUCGUUUUGAGGACUGCACCUGCACGGAGACGGUGAUCAAGUACAUGACCCACGGAAUGCUGCAGAGGGAGUGUCUGGUGGACUCGGACAUGAGCCAGUACUCCCUCAUUAUGCUUGACGAGGCCCACGAGAGGACGAUCCACACCGACGUGCUGUUCGGCCUCCUCAAGAAGACGAUAAAGAGACGCAAAGACAUGAAGCUGAUCGUGUCCUCCGCAACACUGGACUCUGUCAAGUUCUCCCAGUAUUUCUUCGAGGCGCCCAUCUUCACCAUCCCGGGACGAACGUUCCCGGUGGAGGUUCUCUACACCAAAGAGCCGGAGACGGACUACCUGGACGCCAGUCUCAUCACGGUCAUGCAGAUCCACCUGACCGAGCCUCCAGGUGACGUCCUGGUGUUUCUGACGGGACAGGAAGAGAUCGACACCGCCUGCGAGAUCCUGUACGAUCGAAUGAAGUCGCUGGGGCCUAAUGUUCCCGAGCUGAUCAUCCUGCCGGUGUAUUCGGCCCUGCCCAGCGAGAUGCAGACCAGGAUCUUUGAUCCUGCACCUCCGGGCAGCAGAAAGGUCAUCAUUGCCACAAAUAUUGCAGAGACGUCGCUGACCAUUGAUGGAAUCUACUACGUGGUGGAUCCUGGAUUUGUCAAACAGAUCGUGUAUAAUUCCAAGACCGGCAUCGACCAACUUUUGGUCACUCCCAUAUCACAGGCCCAGGCCAAGCAGCGGGCCGGUCGCGCAGGCAGAACGGGCCCGGGGAAAUGUUACAGGCUGUACACUGAGCGAGCCUACAGAGACGAGAUGCUGACGACCAACGUGCCCGAGAUCCAGAGAACCAGUUUGGCCAGUACCGUGCUGUCUCUGAAGGCCAUGGGCAUCAACGACCUUCUCGCCUUCGACUUCAUGGACGCUCCGCCCAUGGAGACGCUGAUCAUCGCCAUGGAGCAGCUCUACACUCUGGGAGCUCUGGACGACGAAGGCUUGCUCACGAGGCUCGGCAGACGGAUGGCUGAGUUCCCUCUGGAGCCGAUGCUGUGCAAGAUGCUGAUCAUGUCCGUGCACCUGGGCUGCAGCGAAGAGAUGCUCACCAUCGUCUCCAUGUUGUCAGUGCAGAACAUCUUCUAUAGACCAAAGGACAAACAGGCCCAAGCCGACCAGAAAAAGACAAAGUUCUUCCAGUCGGAGGGAGACCACCUCACGCUGUUGGCUGUCUACAACUCCUGGAAGAACAACAAGUUCUCCAGCCCCUGGUGUUUCGAGAACUUCAUCCAGGCUCGCUCCUUGAAGAGAGCCCAGGACAUCCGCAAGCAGAUGCUGAGCAUCAUGGACAGGCACAUGUUGGACGUGGUGUCUUGUGGGAAAAACACGAUGCGGGUCCAGAAAGCCAUUUGCAGCGGUUUCUUCAGGAACUCGGCCAGGAAACACCCUCAGGACGGCUACCGUACCUUGAUUGACCAGCAGGUGGUGUACCUCCACCCCUCCAGCACGCUGUUCAACCGCCAGCCAGAGUGGCUCGUGUAUCACGAGCUGGUGCUUACGACCAAGGAGUACAUGCGGGAGGUUACCACCAUCGAUCCACGCUGGCUGGUGGAGUUCGCCCCGGCGUUCUUCCGAGUGGCCGACCCGACGCGCCUCAGUCGCCAGAAGAGGAUGCAGAAGCUGGAGCCGCUCUACAACCGCUACGAGGAGCCCAACGCCUGGAGAAUCUCCCGUGCCUUCAGGCGACGCUGACCACUCGCCGCGGUCUCGUACACGUACCAGGUGGACACACAGCAGCGUGGUGGUGCACACGGAGCCGGCUGACGGCCGGAAAAAAGACACUUUCAUAUUUUAAUCUUGGUUUAAUUUCACUUUGCCGAAGAUAAACCUCCCACAAAUUGUAAUUAAACCUUGAUUAAAGGGCUUUUGUAUGAAUAUUUAAGCUUUUUCUAACUCGAUUCAGUGAUAAGUUAGCCCUGUUUGUUUGGUCAUAACUGUGGUUUAGCGUUUCCUAUCUUGCAUUUUCUAUGAAAUUUUGUUUUAAAUUUUCUUCCUUUUUAAAAAAUUUGCAAUCUGAUGUAGGGUUUUUCAUCAUGACACAUAAACACUGGAUGCACUUUUA